UGCGAUCCGUUCCCAUUAAUAAAUCUCUGGAUUCCUAUAGGCAAUGGAAACUGAUCUCAAUUCCCAGGACAGAAAGCACCUGGACAAGUUCAUUAAAUUUUUUGCCCUCAAGACUGUCCAAGUGAUUGUCCAGGGUCGACUAGGUGAAAAGAUUUCAACUCGUUCAUCUUCAUCCCCAACGGGUUCAGACUGGUUUAACUUACUGAUCAAAGAUAACCCGGAGGUCACCCAUGAAGCAAAGAAGGCACUGGCAGGGCAGCUGCCUGCCAUUGGGUGGUCCAUGUGCAAAAUCUCGCUCAAGACCUCAGAGGGAGAUUCCAUGGAGCUGGAGAUUUGGUGUCUUGAAAUGAACGAAAAGUGUGAUAAAGAAAUCAAAGUUUCCUACACCAUAUACAACAGACUGUCCCUGCUGCUCAAGUCCCUUCUUUCUAUCACGAGGGUCACACCAGCCUACAGGCUCUCCAGAAAGCAGGGGCAUGAAUAUGUCAUACUGUACAGGAUAUACUUUGGGGAAGUUCAGCUGAAUGGUUUAGGAGAAGGCUUUCAGGCAGUUCGAGUUGGGACAGUGGGCACCCCUGUGGGCACCAUCACUCUUUCUUGUGCUUACAGAAUCAAUUUGGCAUUCAUGUCCACCAGGCAAUUUGACAGGACCCCUCCUACCAUGGGGAUCAUUAUCGAUCACUUUGUGGACCACCCCUACCCCAGCUCUUCUCCAAGACACCCCUUCAUCUACAGGAUCGCUGGUGAGGAUGCUGGUGGAGUGUACUUGUCGGUGGAAGACUCUCAGGAACUGUGCACCACUUCGUUCUCCACCUCCCCGCCAUCGCAGCUGAUGGUUCCUGGGAAGGAGUGGGGAGUGCCUGUCGCUCCCAGCCAGCCAACCCAUGGUGCCCAGGCUGACCAGGAGAGAUUGGCGAUCCACACCCCUUCGGAUGGGCCCCACUGUGCCUCCACACCUUCCAGCAGUGAGGGCACCGAAACCGUCUCCAACAGCAGUGAGGGCCCGGCCUACCCCCACAAUGUCUUGGAGACCAUCUUUGUCCGGAAAGUGGGGGUUUUUGUCAACAAACCCAUCAACCAGGUGAGCCCCUCAGACUCCCCAGAAGCUGUGUCUCCUCUCCACAGCAGCCUGCACUCCGAGGGCUCCAGUGAGGGCAGCAGCGGCAACCCCCACGAUGACUUCGUCAUGAUCGACUUCAAACCAGCUUUUUCUAAAGACGACAUCCUUCCGAUGGACUUGGGGACCUUCUACAGUGAGUUUCAGAAUCACCCUCAGCUGAGCAGCCUCUCCGUAGACAUUGGAGCCCAGUCCAUGACAGAAGACUUGGACUCCCUACCUGAAAAGCUGGCUGUGCACUAA